AGACAUCUCGCAGUACUCAUCGCCCGGGACAGCUUCACGAACACCGCCCGCCUUGUCCACGACCAAAAGUCAAUGGCCGCAAUAAUGGCCUCAUCAUCAUCACCACCGACACAAGCAUCACAAUCGUCAACGACAUUAUCACCUCCUGGCACAAACGCAGCGACGCCUUCACAACCUAAUCCGAAACGAUCACCUCUCCCUCUCUCCGCCAGCCAAGAAUCACAAGUCAGAGAGUUAUACUUCAAACGAGUCCGGAUGAAGUGUGCAGAUGAAGUCCGUGACUUCGCAUCCUGCUGCACAGCCCACACCUUCACCGCCACCUUCUCCUGCCGCUCCUCCCAAAAAGCCAUGAACGCCUGCAUGCUGCAACACGCCACACAAGCCGAACACGACGCCGCGAGAGAAGAGUGGUUUAAUACGAUUGAGGAGCGCAAAGGGCAGAGGGAAGAGAAGGAACGGAAGAGGGCUGAGGACGAGAAGUUUUGGAAGGAGUGGUGGAGGAAGGAAAGGAAGACGGAGGAGUUGAAGGCGUUGGAGACAGGGCGGCAGGUUAAGCCGAAGGAUAGGAAAGAGUAAGGAUUGAAGAGAUAGGACAACGGAUAGUGGGAUUUGACAUAGCGCGGCGUUUCUCAAGACGGGUGGACGGGUUGUAAAGACGAGACGAGGCAUGGCGUUGGCAUAUACAGGUUUUCGAGAGCAGCGCUCAAAAGGCGGGACGGUGGAAACACACUUGAGCGUUCACACUCGUUGAGGAGGGCGAGCUGCAUGCAAAGGUCUGGGUUGCAUCUAUGUCGGCAUGCCCUCCCGCGUGUGGCUGGCCAGUGGCUCGCGAUUGGCAGAAGCUCGUCGCUGUGGUGGAUCUUGGUGAAUCGAGAAGGUGCCGGACGUUGCAUUCACACCUGGCUGGCAACAACGCGCUGCCGGUCGAUCUUGGCGAGUCGGUCCGCUCGCAUGUGUCAGUCGCUUCUCUAGAGGAAGCAGGCUCAGUUCCAAAGACAUUAACGGGGCAGGACUCCUUGUUAUAUGCAGAUCACCGAGGGGAGCGAGAAGAUUUUUCCGGCCAAAUCGCCAAUACAAGAAGGUCAACUUCUUGAGCUAGAUGAAGCAGGACAACGCCGCAACGCGUCGCCAGGUUGAGAGUUCCAACCUUGACGCUCGCUUGCCUGGGUCAUGUAUACCAGGGAUCCAUCAAAACCUAUCUCACUCGCUUAGGUCCAGUUUGCGUUCGGGCUUCGAAUACUGCUUCCGCAAACGUGGAUUCGGCGAUGGCUGUGCACUCUCCUUAUCAACCACCUGUUUCCGCCCUCCUUCUAUCCAUC